AACCCGGACAUCUAUUUCUUUCUAUCUGUUGAUUAUAGCUGUGAUUCUGCUGUUGUAGAUCAAAUAAGAAGUUCUAGUUCGGAAUGUCAAGAAACUAGACAGCAAAGAGAGCUAACGAGGGUAAUCGCUCAACUAGCAACACUUGCUGAAUAGCUACAAGGAAGAAGAGGAGAGAUUCAUUAAUGACAGAAGAAGCUAGGCUACCCUUAGCCGCCUCGAUAGAAGCUUUGGGAACGAUGAGUGGUUUCGCAUAUUUCCACGUGUCCACAUGGAGUAUUUGGACAUGAUGGGCUCGGAUCAUAGGCCCAUAUUUAGAACUUUCGCGGCCGAAGAAGCGUCAGUUUGUGGAAAGUUCUCCUUUGAGAAACGCUGGCUGUCGAAACCAGGGAUUGGGGAUAUUAUAUAUAAGGGCUGGAAAGGAGGCUGGACUGUCGCAAUCAAACUCUCCGCCUGCCGGAUCAUUCCCCUGUAGCUAGCUUUGAUUAAAGAGUCUCUUUCUUGGUUCGUUGGGAAUGUGCAUGAUGAGAAAAGGUAGUUAGCUUAUCUGCCUUGUUCCUUUGCUUGCAUGAAGAAAGACUCUCCUCUGUUUGUUUUGUGGGAAUAGGCAUGACUAAGCCAGUUAGUUUCCUACGGCGAGCUCGAGCAGCUUUGUAUUGCGUCGAUAUCUUUCCAUGACAUGCCCCGCUAUCUAUGUUUACUGGAACCAGGCCUUAAGGUGAAGGGCCGCCUCUCUAAGAAAAUAAGUUUGGGGGAAGAAGAGCUCUUGCAAUGGAUUCCUCAGUAGGAAAUGCAAAAGAAGAAAGAAAGAGCAGUGCUUUCUUAAUAGUCGUGGGAGUCCGGUUCCAUGGAUGGAUAGGAACUAAGCUAAGUCUGCUAAUUGGUUGGUUGAGCACACUCCUGGGAAGGGGUAAACUGACUCUUAGGGUCUUUCGCCCGCGUUUAUACUAUAGUGGCAGUGGCACCCAAUUGAUUUUAGCACGAGAUAGGGACCAAUCUUCAUCCACGGAGAAAGCAGAGGAAUACCGAGAAGUAGAGAGAACUUGCUUCGCUAGGAAAGGAAAAGGGAGAGUUGGUUUCACCUUCCCUAUAAGAACUAAGGCGUACCCGCGUAGAAGAAGCUACCUUCCUCAAACUCCUCUGCGCAACCACCCAGCCAUACCAGAGAGUGCUAUCACAAGGAAAUUGUCUGGUCUCAGAAGAUGAGAGCUUCUUUUUUAGCAGAGGUACUGAUGUCAGGAGAGGGAUGGCGUACAGACCUCAGUGUGCACUAGCUCCAAUACUCUCUUAGUCAACUCUUGGCUUAUGCUGUCCAAAUCCUCCCAGCUACAUUAGCUGCAUUAGCCGCUUGUCUCGGUCCUCCAGCUCUGCUACGCUACCCCGGAAGACUCGCACCUUAUAAUAUAAGGAGGUAGGCUUAGAGCCAGCAAUAAAGCUAGCAAAGACAGCUCUACCGCGAGCUAAUAGUCUUUGCGGACAUGCAACCUUCAUCUUGACUUCUAUGGAGCGCAUGAAAACGAAACUUUUCCAUCUCAUAUAGCGACGAAUUGAUGCAACCUUGUUUUCCUUCGUAAGACCACAUGAGAAACCAAAAAGUUUUCACUCCACCAUGGCGAAAACCUAGCAAGGCCCUUUGACUCUUUGGAUGACAUGAAAAAGUAGAAUCUGGCUUCUACCCCUAGUGGAAAACCUAGCAACCCAGUUUGACUCUUUGGGGACCCAUCGGUAAGAGAAAUGUUGCCUUCUACCAUGGCGAAAACCUAGCAAAUUUGAUCAUUUUCCACGAUUCCUAAGAGUGAAAUCAUCGAUAGCCAAAAUACCGGGGUUUGUGUCGCUUGUCUCUUUUUGAUCGGCUUUCUAAGUAUGAAUUGAGUUGACAACCAAAAUUCCCGGGAAAAUGCAACUCUUCACUUUUUGUUAUGAUUUCAAAGAGUGAAAACAUCGGCAAGCUCAAAACACGGGAAAAUGGAAAUGCUCUAAACCGUAGAAUCACAACAGCCUUUCUCUUAGGGCAACAGGGGAACAAGGAACCUGGGAAAGACCAACACAACUUCCUUGACUUCCUAGGCUUCUAUGCGGAGAAGGGUUUUAGGAAAAGAGGAGAACUAAGAGAAAGAACAAGGGAAGAACAAACCAAGGCUUGAAGACCUAACUUCCCUCUCUGGGUUACUGACCUUACCUUCCUAGGCUUAUCUCCCAUUCCUAUAACCGGGCUUAGCUUCCUAACCUUACUCCUCUUCCAGGGAGAACUGACUUCCCAACUGAGCUUACCUUCCUAACACCUAACUCAGCUGGGAGAACUUCCUGCCAGGGCGAUCCUUCCUUCCCUUCCUUCCAUUAUACCGGGCCGGGGAGAGGGUAAUGAACCAAAGAGUAGUAUACUUUAUGAAUGGGAAAGCUGUCAUCAAGCCAGAUGCGGAUGAUAUUCUAACUGCUGCGCUCUGCUGCGCUUACGCCUUUUGAUUAGACAACUCCUUGUGCCAAGCUAACUAACUAGGAUUUGUUCAAAGGAAUCGUUUAAACAUAAAGAAGAGUUAGCUACUCUGACGAAUCUAAUGUUAUCUGCGUUGAGGUUCAAAGAAUGGGUGAUUCCCUAUACCCUAUAUAAGAUAAGUGAAUUAGUUCUUCAAUCGAUUCAUCUCGGCCUUAGACUGCUACGGUUAACUCUUUCCCCGAGCACCUGGACUGGUUAUCUCGAAAGAAAUGCUUUCAUAUCAUAGCUGCUGACUUGGCUUUGAAGAGCUGAAGGAACGGCUACUGAUUAGGGACUCAAAUCAUUUCAUCCGGAAGUGACUGCACUCGCCUAAGCAAAGGGUAAGCUACUUUCAUAACCACCAGGAAAGCCUAGCUACUUGUUCGUUCCUCACCCUGUCCCUUACCUCUUACCGUGGGAAAAGCUGUUGAUAUUCGUAGAUCGUUCGUUGAUUCCCUUGCUUUAGGGUAAUGAUUCUUCUGGGGCCACUAAAGAAAGAGUUCUGCCUUCUAGCCAAGCCUUUGAGACCAAGUCAAGCUUCCCAGCAGUCAACCAAGAAAGAGUGUUUCUCUCCUACUGAAGAAAUGGAAGUCUGUCUGCUUUCCAUCUUAGCAUUGUUAACCUCUGCUCUUUCCAGAACAGGUUAUCUCUCAAUCAAUGUAUUCACGCAUCUCAAAAGAGUGAAAAAAAGUAGUCCUUCCUCCCAGAGCUGAAAUAGCCGGGCUUCUUCCUUCAACUAAGGUAAUGAUGACCCGAAGUCUUAGUGUGGCUGACAAGGGGGCUUACAAGAAUGAACUGUUGAACUAGCUCGCGCGGAAAAGAUAUAUCUGUUAGUAACUAAGAAAGUGCUAAUCUCGCAGAGUCAACUGUUAAGAAGCGGCGGAGAGAGGUGUAAAUCAGCAAGCCUUCCAACAAAGGAUUUCGCAGUGGAGAUUAGGUGAUAGGCCUGCGUUGGCACAUAAAAGAAUUUCCAACCCGACCAUUCAAGGAAAUAGACAAGAUUUAAGCUCCUUGCUUGGGUUCGGUUAUCAUUAAAUGUAUAGGCUGGGGUAUUGAAGUGAAGAUACUUGCAUAAAUAGAAACUUCGGGCGGUAGAAGAGAGGCCCUUUCUGAUACGUCAAAAAAAGAGAGACUGAUUCUGACUCUCCCAAUUAAGGAAGACGGAAAUGGCUGGUGCCGGUUGGUCCAACCAAGAAAAAAGAGAUGGGAUUUGUGACGAAAGCAAGGAAGACUCUUAGUUGUUGAAUGCGAGUCACUACAUAGGUGGAAUUUGAUAAGCUCCUUUAGGCCCGGCUAGCCCGUAGAGUCUUAGGGGUUUUCCCCACUUUCCCUGACGCAAGGUCGGGGUCUUUACGAAUAGGACAAAUAUACACCAACCCUUUAAAGGAUGAGGUUCCAGUUCGCCAUUCCUAUUAUUUAUAGGCUUCCAGUCUCCUCAGAAGUCCGCUCUUCUAUCUUCGCAGAAUUCACCUGGGUCUCUUACUAACCUUCGCGUCUAGGGCAUGAUGUCUUUAUUUAAGAUGUCAAUCGUCUUGUUAUUCUCAAUAAAUUCUUCCAGGCCUCUCUACGGGAUUGGAAGAAGGAGAGGAGAAGGAGAGAGUGAAAGGAGAUAAGUAAAUGUUAUCACAGACGGAGAUGCCAGUGAGAAUACUGAACAGACAACAGCUGAGGAUACACAGCCUAAGCUCUUUGACCAUAAACCAUCCAAUAAUAAAGAGAAGAUGUGGAAGGGUGAAAGAUAGUGUACUAACGAGAAAGGUGAAAAGCUAGGGAAAUUCCUGUUCAAGUUUCAGCUUGAUAGCUAUAUCUUUCCUUUCUUAACUGGGUUUUUGAACUUCACAUAUAUAUAGCCCAUCAGCUUGUGACUUCGCACUCUCAGUUUCGAGAUUGGGAAUCGACAGAACUGCCCUUUCUUAACUUAAUUAUAAAGGGUAGCUUAGCUGGUUAGAUUUACUGAAGGUAAUUCAAUCGCUGAACGUUGAUAAUAGCUUUCGAAAAGAGAUCCUGACUCUCCAGCUAGUUCAAACUUCCCCGAUUAGUAAUGCUCUCACCCUGGGGACAUAUCUCACCUUUGUCAGCAAAACAGUAGAACCAUCUUCAUUUCUCAGUCUCACACUUCCUAUUCCCUUCACUGUUGACAUGGUGUCAUUUGCCAUCUUUACUUGUUCCACUACCAGCAUCUGAUAAACUCACAAACCAUUCUCUUCUUCCGAAAGAACAACCUGUGUCAAGUAUCCAGACUUCCCUUUGUUAGGAAUCCCUAAUUGAAAGUGAGAAGGGACCUACACUAGUAUAUAAAGGACAUGGGCCUCUCCACUCAUUGCCAAUUGGUUUUGAGUUGGAAGCCCAUGAACACUCACAUGGUAUCAAGAGCCAUGGAGGGUUCUCUUGAGUCUUAUCCUUUUCCUUCCAAUAUCAAUAUUACUAGUUGUGUCUCCCAUUAAACUCAACGAUCGGAACUAUCUUCUAUACGACGAAGGAAGGGUGCGAUUGAGUCCGCUGAACUUGGGCGAGAGAUGUGACUUCGUUCCUCUCCUUUCAGUCGAGUUAUUUAAACCUCUCCAGAGCUCUGGUGUCUACGAGAAGCUUCAUGAGUCAAACAAUUGAGGAAGCCGAUACUUAUACUUUGGUAGAGAAUCUCGCACAAAGCAAUGGGAGUCAUGGCUCGGAUUAUGAUCGGACUACAAGGAAAAACAAUGAUGAAUCUCAUCAUGCCAUCCAAGAGCUGAAUGCAAAAAUGGAUAAGAUAUUGAAGCGUGACCAAAAGAAAAGAUGACGGUAAACUCUUGUGAAGAGUAUAGUGGAUAUCAAGGGUACCAAGACUUUAGUGUUGAAGGGUAUGAGGAGCCACAAAAAGAGUUGAACUAUGUUAGAGGUCAAGGAUUCCAACCAAGGCCUUUCAACCAAGGGUUCCAAGCUAGAGGGGCUACUGCUCCAACAAAGACCACCUUACCAAGCGCCCUACCAAGCACCUUACCAAGCCCCUUACCAAGCUCAAGGGAGUUCUUCUUCUGCUCCAACUGCACCAGAUAGUGAGGUGAAGCUAAUGUUGCAACAAUUCCUUGAAGGACAAAAGAAAAGUACCAUUGAGAUGAACACAAAAGUGGACAACAUGUACAAUGAUCUUAAUGGGAAGUUUGAAACUUUGGCCUCUCAUGUCAAAUCUCUUGACAACCAAGUUGCUCAAACCGCCUCUUCAUCAAAGAGACCCAUGGGAACACUACCCGGUAAACCGGAAGCAAACCCAAGGGAACAUUUUACAUAAUGCUUAGAAGUGGAAAAGAGCUUGAGGAAGUUGUGAGAGAUGAUAAGGAAGAGGAGCAAGUUGUUGUGAGAAAGGCUAAACAGAUCGUCAACUUUCCCUUGCUUGGCAUGCUCUCAUCAGCAAGGUAUGGCUUAAGGCGCUGGCCAUUCACCGUGAAGUGUUCACCAUUGACAUCCCAAAGCACUACCGCUCCAUACGGUUUCACUUCCUUUAUGCGAAAGGGUAAAAAACAUCUAGAUCUCAACUUUCCUGGAAAUAACUUGAGUCUAGAGUUGAGGAGCAGCACUUGGUCAUUUACCUUGAACUCCCUUGGUAAGAUCUUCUUAUCAUGCCAAGCCUUAGUCCUCUCCUUGUAGAUCUUUGUGUUCUCGUAGGCCUCUUGCCUUAUUUCGUCGAGGUGGUUCAAUUGGACCAACCGCCUUUCCGAAGC